AUGUUUAAAUUAUUAAUAAAUAUUAAUUAAAAACUUUAUAAAACAUAAUUUCUUUAGUCAAAAACUAAUUUCUCUAAAAUGCAAAAGAAACCCCAAAAAUAAAAAAUUUAGUAAAACCAACAAGAAGAGUAAAAACAAUAAAUCCCAUAUUCCAUAUACGAAAAUAAGGGCAAAUUAUACAUAUAAAUUAAAGCAAAACCAAACUCCAAAAUAAGCUAAGUUUCUUCAAUAUCCGAUGAUUGUGUAGAUGUAAAUAUAGCAGCUCCUCCAAAAGAUGGAGAAGCCAAUGAAGAAUUAAUUUAAUUAUUUAGCAGCUUAUUAAAUAUUAAAAAAAGUAGUUUAUAACUCGAUAAAGGAGGAAAAUCGAAAAGUAAAUUAUUAGAAAUAAAUGAUAGUGAGUAUAAAACAGCUUCUGAAUUAUAUGAAGCUUUAAAAGAAGCGAUUUAAUAAUGA